GCGGGAAGCCGAGGUGGCUCAGGACUCUUGGGACAGGGAGAGGGAUCUGGAGUGAACACCCCAGAAGGGCACCAAACGGCCUCACCUCUGCCGCCCCGUCCCCCCUCGCAGCCACCUGGCACGUGUCGCUUCGGUGGAAUGAACAGCAGGUCUCGUCAGGCGUGGCUGCUGUGGACUUUAGGCUAGAAAGGCCGGGACAGGCCAGAUCCAAAGACCGUCCGCCAGGGUGCUGGUGAUUUCUCUGAACGCAGCGCCUGUCGCUAGGCGGGCGGGCCAAGGGCAGUGGGACCCACAGCCACGGCCUCUGGGAUGCCACGGCCUCUGGGACCGUGCCCCAGCCCCUGUGGGCCGGGAGCCGGUGUUUCCCAGGCAGGUUACAGGCUCAGUCCCAGGUGGCCGAGGCGGGGUCUCUGCGCCCCCCGACCCCUCUCCCCCAGGAGGAGGCAUGGCCACAUGGCUGCUGCUGCUCAGCCCGCCCCGGAGCGUGGUCCCUGCCCGCCCGCUGCUGGAAGGGCCAGCAGAGAGCAGCCUCCACGUAGAUGGUCCCCUGUCAGGGAGCCGGCGUCCCCGUGCUCAGCAGUGUGGCCGAGGAGAUGGGGAGAGCCCGGGGCCAGCUAGUGCCCAGCACCCAGAGCCUGGAGGAGGCGCGCAGCCGCGUCCUGGGCUGCCUGGGCGACACAGCUGGGCCCUCCCCAUGUGCCCAGGGCCCUCCGGUGGGCUGCUCUCAGUCACGCUUCCUGGAGGGCACCACGUCCCUGGGCCUGACCGGAGCGGGCCAGCUGGGCAACUGUUGCAUCACCAGCCACAGGAAGCAGAGGAAGGGAUGGGAGUGGAUGUGCGGGGAAUGAGGAAGUCCCGCGUGGCAUGGCCUGCCGCCCGCAGUGCGCCCGCCCGCACCAUGUCCGACUACGAGAACGAGGACGAGUGCUGGAGCGGCCUGGAGGGCUUCCGCGUGAAGCUCAUCUCCGUCAUCGACCCCGCCCGCAUCACGCCCUACCUGCGCCAGUGCAAGGUCCUGAGCCCCGACGACGAGGAGCAGGUGCUCAGUGACCCCAGCCUGGUCAUCCGCAAGCGGAAAGUGGGCGUGCUCCUGGACAUCCUGCAACGCACCGGCCACAAGGGCUACGUGGCCUUCCUCGAGAGCCUGGAGCUCUACUACCCGCAGCUCUACAAGAAGGUCACGGGCAAGGAGCCCACCCGCGUCUUCUCCGUCAUCAUUGACGCGUCUGGGGAGUCUGGCCUGACGCAGCUGCUGAUGAGCGAGGUGAUGAAGCUGCAGAAGAAGGCGCAGGACCUGACGGCGCUGCUGGGCUCCAAGGACGACCUCAUCAAGGAGCUGCGCGUGAAGGACAGCCUGCUGCGCAAGCACCAGGAGCGCGCGCAGAGGCUCAAGGAGGCCUGCGAGGCCGGCGGCCGCGAGCUCCAGCGCUGCAAGGACGAGAACUACGACCUGGCCCUGCGCCUGGCCCGUCAGAGCGAGGAGAGGGGCGCCGCGCUCAUGCGCAACCGAGACCUGCAGCUGGAGAUCGAUCGGCUCAAGCACAGCCUCAUGAAGGCCGAGGACGACUGCUCGGUGGAACGCAAGCACACGCUGAAGCUCCGGCACGCCAUGGAGCAGCGGCCCAGCCAGGAGCUGCUGUGGGAGCUGCAGCAGGAGAAGGCGCUGCUGCAGGCGCGGGUGCAGGGCCUGGAGGCCUCCGUGCAGGAGGGGCGGCCGGACCAGAGCAGCCCCUACAUCCAGGUGCUGGAGGAGGACUGGCGGCAGGCGCAGCGGGACCUCCAGGAGCAGACCCGCACCGUGUUCUCCCUGCGCAAGGACCUGCGCCAGGCCGAGGCCCAGCGCGCCCGGUGCCUGGAGGAGAAGGAGGUGUUCGAGCUGCAGUGCCUGGCCCUUCGGAAGGACUCCAAGAUGUCCAAGGACCGCGUCGAGGCCAUCCUGCGGCAGAUGGAGGAGGUCGCCGUCGAGCGGGACCAGGCCAUCGUGACGCGGGAGGAGCUGCACGCGCAGCAGGCACGCAGCCUGCAGGAGAAGGACGCGCUGCGGAAGCAGGUCCGCGAGCUGAGCGAGAAGGUGGACGAGCUGCAGCUCCAGCUGUUCCAGCGCGAGGGCCAGCUGCUGGCUCUGGAGGACAGGCUCAGGCGGCAGCAGCUGGAUACACCUGUCCUGAGCUCUGACCUGGAGGACAGCUCUCCCCGGAGCUCCCAGGAGCUCUCGCUCCCGCGGGACCUGGAGGAGGACGCCCAGCUCUCAGACCGAGGUGGCCCGGCCAUUGAGGAGAGUCUGGAGCAGCAGAAGGAGCGGCUUUCGCUGACCCCCAACGACGCAGGCCUGGGCCGCGGGGAGCCCCCGGAGAAGGAGAAGGGGCGGCGGCGCCUCAAGGAGAGCUUCGAGAACUACCGCAGGAAGCGGGCCCUCAGGAAGAUGCAGCACGGCUCGAGGCAGGGGGAGGUGGACUGGGAGAACACCACGGGCAGCGACAACACCGACACCGAGGGCCCCUAGCCGGCCCCUCCGUCCAGCCGCCUGGGACCUGGCCGCUGCCCCGCUAGGCCGCCUUUGUUGACGAGCACGGGCGUGUUCUGUCUCUGGGGAAUGCACACGCACGCUGCAGUGUUAAAAACGCAGCCCCGUCAAUAAACGAGCACCGUCCGAA